AGCAAACACACUAACAUCAGCUUUAAUUUCAAGUGAUUGGUUUCCUUCCACUUUGUCUGACUAGACCUUUAUUUUGAAGGCUGCAAAGGGAAUUGUCAGCCACCUUCUUUGAAUGUUUUGACCAGGGGUUCUCAAACUUUUUGGGUCCAGGAACUUCUUUGACGGAAUGUCCCCCUGACAUAAUCCUAGCCGGAAUUCAUGUUUACUUCUAAAUCGUAUAAUUCUUUUGACACUUUUCCACGGGAAUGUACUGUAAUGCGAUGGGAAAAAAAUCUCUGCCAAUGUAACAUGUAAAAAUUGUCUCAAAGUAAGCUUUUAUAUGGAUAUAUGUACUGAAAUUAUGCUUUUUAAGGGAUUUUAUCUUAUUUUAAGUGUGAUGAGAUCUUUUUUUACUAGGACCUAGACACAUGUUCUUGCUAGGACAUUUUUUUUUCCAGUGCUGUAAAUUUAAAACUCUUAUAGCUAUUGUUUCAGGAAAAGAAGCCUGUAUUCUCUACACAGAAAAAUAAGACAAUUCUAUAUAAAGCUCUCUUAUAAACAAACAAAUCCCAAAUAGCGCUGUCACCAAAUUUUUUUGCACAUCUGGGGACCCCAGGUUGAGAACCGCUGGCCUAGCCGACACUGUGACAUCUUUAAUUUUUAUGGUAUAUUUUCAUUACUUUCAAGACUUGUGUUCAAUUUAAAAGUAUCAGAGUAUUUUCUUUUGAUUUAUACUUGAACGGUGAAAGCAUUUAAAAAUGGUGAGGCAAUUUUUGCCAAGGAGAAAAACAGCUACGUGAAUGUGACAAAUGCAGCUAGUUUAAACAGGUUGGCCCAGGUUGCACACUUAAACAUAUAUGAUCACCUGCCCACAAAUACACACAGUGACACAAAAACAGUUUGAUUUUGGCUUUUUCUCUCAUGCCGUUAUCAGUAUUAGCAUAGCAACACAGCUAGCCCCCAUUUUUUUGACAGCACAAGAAAUGUUUUCAGCUUGCUUUUCCGCUCAACCGCAUCGAGGAGAGCCAAAGCGACAAUCAUAAAACGUGUGUUAGCGUUGUGACAAGUGAUUAAGGUUUAAAACGGAAAGAUUGUGCUCGUGAUGUCGUGUUAUGUUGGUUAGCUUAGCAUGUAGCGUUGGGGCGGGGUCAUGAAGGCCGUGAUGAGUCAACAAAUGUUGUCUCAAUUUUGUCAUUUUUAACAUUUUUUAAUGAUCAUCACCAGCACCCCCCAACCUACAAACGGCCCCUCCCUCCCCGAACGUUUGUCUUGUCGUUAUUGAUCGUCUUACCGUGAGUUCAAUGUGUUGACUUGCAUGUAUGCUUUGAAUAAAAAAAGUUUUUUUUUUCAACAAAAUAUGGCAAAAAGGCUUGGGUUUUUCUCUUUGCUUUUCUGCCAAAACUGUAUUUGUUGUCCUUAGACAUCCAACUAAUUUGCACGUUCCAACAUUGUAGAAAAUACACACUUCGUAGAUGGUGCUGUACGACAUGACAAUAUAUACUGCUAAAACAUUAUAAACCCUCUAUUGACGUUUUAAUGUCUAUGGCAGUGUUUUUCAACCACUGUGCCAAGGCACUGUGCCGUGGCGUAGUGUCUGGUGUUCUGUGGAAAAUCAUAUACUUUCACCUAAUCGAUGUUAAAAAUGUUUGCUGACAAUGAAUCCGCAAAUGUGGUGUUGCUGAGUGUGUGCUGUACAAUGAUCAGUGCAAUAAUUUUCCAUAUCAGUAGAUGUUAAUAGGUAGCUAAUUACUUUGUUUAGUGACGCAUGUCAGUACCCAAUCUUGACGUGCUACCAGAUCGCGUCGGAUAGCUACUGUGCAUGCACGAACCGACACCAUUUUCUCUUGAGGGAUGACUGGAGAUUUAGAUAUGUACGUAAUAGAUUAAACAAUAAAUAAACAUUUUUCUUUCUUUUUUUGGUGAUAAUGGUCUCCGAAGGGUUUACUUGGGACUGCACUGUUUAAAUUCUUGAAAGACAUUAAAUAUAUGUCUAGAUCGUAAGGGUGAAAGCAUAGGCUUUGCAUAUUCUUGUACACUAGAUGGCGGUAUGAACAUGAAAGUUGCUUGCAAUCCGCCAUUAAUCAAAAGAUUUUUUUUUUUAAUCUGCCGCGAUGUCCCUAAGGUGAUUUAUAUGUUAAAUUCAGACAUAUAAAACAUUAUUAUAAAACCCACAUGCCAGACCAUUCGAAGAAUAAUUAAUUCAUAUGUCCGAAUCUCUCGCAUUUAUAAGCAUAAAGCUAACGGAGGAAGUGACAUAGCGCAGUCACGUGAACAGCCAGUCGCAAUUGUGUAGCCGUACUUAGCAUACGCGUUAAAAUUCUUCUUCUUGCAAUCAAUUUUCAGCCGCAUACUUUCAUCCAGUGUAGAAAAUGUACAGCACCCGUACAAUCUUUACAUCAAUUUAUGCCUUUCAAGAAUUUAAAAAUUGCUUUUCUUACAUACCUGUUUUUUUUCUCUCCACUCACCCCAAAUAAACCCUUCAGAGACCACGCUGAAAAUUUUGAACCAAAAACUUUACUUGAACAUUACAGACUUCGUUAUAACAUACAAGGUUUUUCAGAUAAGGGGUGAAGGAAUGCCUAUAGUCCUGUAUAUGCAUAUGUUAGUAUAGUUUGUUUGAGUUUAUGUUCUACACAUGUACAGUAAAACAGUUUUAACAUUUGAAGUCAUUAUGGUUACUUCAUAAUCAUUGGAUGGUUAAAAAACAAAAUCACCCAAUAAAAGAAAAAUGUAUUUUUCAUGCUUUAAUCUAACACGUACAUAUCUAUAUCUAUUGUCAUCGCUCGAGAGAAAGUGGUGUCGGUCCGCGCAUGAGCAGUAGCAGUCUGUCUCGAUCUGGUAGCCCGUCGCAAUCGAGUAGUGACAAGAGAUAAGACUGGCAUUAGAGCUAGAGGCUAGGUAGCGAAACUAUAACAGUGACAUAGAUAGACAAGGAUUUAAAAAACGAAAGAUGGCUUUGAAGUUACUAGAGACUAAAUGGUAUUUCAACCAGAAGACCAAGACGAAAAUUAAAAAGGCUGCAAAAAAAUGCAAUAUAACCAGUCACACUGAUUGAGUAAAAAUAUGCUUGUAAUAUGAGUUUUUCUUUGUCUCUGUUUGAUUCCUAUUCAGUGCACGACUAUACAUCAUUAAUAUAGGCUACAGAAAUUCGUUUUUACAUUUCUAUUUUUGCUGUUGAUAUGUCUUCGGAUUUAUUUUUACAUGAAAAAAGUGUGCCGUGGCUCAAAAAAGAUUGAAAAACACUGGUCUAUGGUCAUUAUCGCCUUAAAUAGACCUUUUUCUGCAACACACAUUUUGGCCAGCAGAGAGUGCCAAAGUUUAACUUACUUGCUGAUUGAUGGGAUUUCACAUGCAAUACUACUAGUCCCAACAAUCUCCACAGAAGUUACUUAAUUUUAUAUGUAUAUUAUUGUAUUUAAGUUUGUGUUUUUUAAUACUUUAAAUGUUCUCCUUUUUCUUUUCUAUUUUUUAAAAUUUAAAAAUAAAAAUAAAAAUAAAAAAUAAAAAAAAAAGGGAGGCAAAACCCACUGAUAUAUAUUUUUUUAAAUUUAUUUAAAUCUAUUUUUACCUUUUUAAAAACUCAUUCACUGCCUUGGACAGUGACAGACGUCCAAUCUGUUUGAAAUGGGAUGGUUGGCAUUGAGUGAUCAUGGUUCACUGCCAUUGCCAGCCCUCCCAGUCAUAUUGGAAUGGACAUUUAUUGCUGUCCAGUCGUAGUCCGUAAAUUAAUUAGAAUGACAUUUUCAAAAUGAAUAAAUUGAAGAAAAUAUUUUUUUUAAUAGGGGGAAAAAUAUUCUUUCAAUUUGAUUUUAUUGAGAACCAAAAAGUCGACGCACAUGACGCACUUUUGUGGACCACACAUACAGCGGGCUGGAUCAGGCCCAGGGGCCUUGAGCUUGACACAUGUGUUAUAUACGGUCUUGCAUCUGUGGCAAUCUGUGCGUAUGUAGUGCAGAAUGAGAGGAACGGUCAUCAGUUACAUUUUUAAUUCCUUAGGGGUGGGGUGGAUUAGUGAAGUAAAUUUAGACUAAUAAUAACACAAUUUCUGUUGGUGUAGUUGCACGCAGUUGUUGGCUAGUUAUUUCAUGUCGCUAACUGAUUUUGGCUUGCCCAGCUAACGUAGGGAUUUUAAAGUUGUCACGGAAAUGAAAUGAGUAGUUUUUUUCAUGUGCAGGUAGCAUGAAAGUCAUCGGUGACGCAUGACUAGUCACAUUCUCAACAAGUCAAAGCACCAAAGAGAUCCAUUUGGUCUUCCCAGAAUAACUUCCCAGUCUUUGGACUCUUGGGGGUAGGGUGUCCUUUAAGCUGGAGAUCUCUUUGGCAGAGUGACUAUCAAAGUGUUGAUGUUAAUGUUAGCUGUGAGAUUUUCUAACGCUUUGGAGCGAGAAAAUAGCAAGAAAAUACCCGAUACCAGCAGGACUUGGGAUCGUACCCGUGGCAUUCCCCAAAUUGUCUGAGUGUCUUAUUACUGGAGCUGUAUUUUUAGCAGCUGGCCUCACUGCCAGAUGCUUCCCUUUUUUAUUGAGGGGUUGGGUGGAGUUACCCCUCUCUCCUGCGACCAGUCAUCCCAGCGGGUCACUGGGCUUGGAUCUCUUUGUAACCACAGCAUUCUCACCCCCUGUACGGAACUUACGAAAGUUGGAGCCAGAGCCUUCUACUCUACAGCUGGAUUCCUCACUCCCAAACCUGGAGACUUCAUCCCUAAACUCAAAGCCUUUCCUUAAAAGAGAGCCUAUCACCCUAAAACCUCUACCCCAUACCUGGAAUCUUGUUCCCAAAUUUAGAACGUCAGUGCUAAAGCAAUCUUCUCGCUCAAACCUUCACCGUAACUGAACCCGGUUGCCCAAAGUGAGAUUUUAUUCCCUCUGAAGCCAGAGCUUUCUUCCCCAAAUCCGGAACCUGGUAAAACCCUUGGAGGAGAUGGAACAGCCAAAGUACGGUGUCACAGAGAAACUGGAGAUCGUGGGGAUGGAAGACGAGGAGGGGAAGCCCAUCAGUGCCCUGAGCAUCCUGUCUCUGCUGGAGCGCGUGGCUGGGAUUAUCGACAACGUGCAGUCGGGCCAGCAGCGCAUGGAAGAGCGACAGCUGGAUCUGGAGAACAACAUCCGUAGCAUUCAGGAUGAUGUCCUGAAGUUGACCAAGGAGCACUCUGACACCAGCAGCUGCCUGGACAAGGUUCUGCAGAAGACGCGAAAAGUCAGCGCCAACGUCAAGGACGUCCGAGCCCGCGUGGAAAAGCAGAAUGGCCGUGUGAAGAAGGUGGAAAGCACCCAGGACGAGCUGCUCACCAGGAACAAGUUCAGAGUCGUCAUCUACCAGGGAGACACCGAGGUCCCGUCGGUGGCCGUCACCAAGAGCCCAAAGCCGGGCCUGGAGGCUCUGGAUCUGGAACCAGAUUCUUACGACGUCCCCGCCGACCUCUCCUCAGACGAGGAGUACCUGAGCGUGGAAGAGUCCGACCCUUCCCGGGCGGCGCGAUUUAAGAAGUCCAUGGUAAAGAGCACGGAGACUCUGAAGGCGGCCUUCUCCAAGGAAAACAUGAGCAAGACCAAAGACAACCUGGGCACCAAGUUCCACAACCUGGGCGAGAAGGUGAUGCCGCCCGAGCGCCGUGAGAAGAUGCACCAGGCAGGCGAGCGCCUCAAGCAGAGCGGAGAGCGCUUCAAGGAAAACAUCGCCAAGAAGGCUCCCACCAAGGAAAGUUUCAGGAUCAAAAUCAAGAAGGAACGAGCCGUGUCCGAAGGCCAGGAGGUCGCAGACGCCGAAGUUGGGGCCGAAGCCGAGGUCGCCGUCCAGCCUCCGAUCCAACCGCAAGCUGAACCUGCCUACACAGAGGUCACCACAGAGACCAAAAAGGAGGGCCCGACGGACCAGGUCAACGCCGCCAGGAGGUCCGAAUUGGAAGAAGAUUACGGAAAUUAAAUGGUCGUGAUGGGCUGACGACAUGAAGUAAACUAUCCUCACAGGAAGAUGACAGAAAGUGGUGCCUCAUUACAGGAAAAGAAUAUCACGGCAGGUCGAUAAUACCAGAAGUAGAAAAAAUGGCAAGAACUACACAAUUAUUGAAAAAUUUCAGGAAGGACAACACCUUUGCAGUAAGUAGUAAGAUGACAGGAAGUGGUCAAUCAUUAUCAGAAGGAAGAGACAGUGACAUUCACAGGAAGUGGACCCCCAUUACAGGAAGUAGAUCACAAAUUUAAGGGAAGUCGCCCUCCAUUACAUGAAGAUCACAGCAAGGAGAGCGCAAAAGCAAGAUGACAGGAAUUUGACAGCAACGGAAGAGAACAGUUUGUGGUUGAUUGCGUUAUGGAAGUAAAUCUGUGGCACUGGGGUUGGAAUUUCAACUUCUAGUUUUUUUCUGCAACAAAUGUGAGCCACAAAAAAUCCUGCCACAAAAAUUCAGCCGCAAAAAAAAAUCCAGUUACAAAAAAAUUUGUGGUGAAAAAAUCAGUUACAAAAAAUUCAGUAACAAAAAAUUAAAAUGCAAUCAUAUCAGCAGAGGUGGGUAGCAACGCGUUACAUUUACUUCAUUACAUUUACUUGAGUAACUUUUUGAGAAAAAUGUACUUCUAAGAAUAGUUUGACUAUACCAUACUUUUUACUUUUACUUGAGUAGAUUUUUGAAAAAGCAAUGCUACUCAUACUCCGCUACUUUGGGCUACGUGAGUCGUUACAUUUUUCCUCUUUAUUCUACAUAUUAGAUUUCACUUUUUUUUUUUUUUUUUUGCCAUAGUGCCAACAGUGCUCAAUUUCACCAAUGAGACGUCGCAACAAUAAUCACAUGACUCCAAUACACCAAUCAGACUCAAGCUUGCCGUUCUUUGAUCACGCCGGCCGUUUCAAUCACGUGGCAUCUUUAAAGCACCGUAAUAAAGGAAGUAUUAGACAUAGAGCGCAGUCGUCAACUUGACUUAUAAGCGCAGAUUUUAGUCUCUCUCCCAGUUUUUAUUUGGCACCAAUUGACCACGUAAAAACAGCGGUAUGAUAAUUAUAGUUUCAUAACAGGAAAUAUUUUUUCUCCACUAGAGGGCACUCUUGAACGAAUAAUGACUCAUUUCUGUAGUUUCUUUUAUCGCGCCGUAAUUAUUAUUAUUUGUUUUUCUUUGGUUUAAUGUGGUUAUGUAAUUUGUUAUCAUACAGCAUAAUAUGAACAGGUCAUCUAUAUAUACAGUGUAUCACAAAAGUGAGUACACCCUUCACAUUUCUGCAGAUAUUAAAGUAUAUCUUUUCAUGGGAUAACACUGACAAAAUAACACUUUGACACAAUGCAAAGUAGUCAGUAGUGCGGGUCAUGCCCACCACCAUGCUUGACUGUAGGCAUGACACACUUAUCUUUGUACUCCUCACCUAGUCGCCACCACACAUGCUUGAGACCAUCGGAACCAAACAAAUUAAUCUUCGUCUCAUCAGACCAUGGGACAUGGUUCCAGUAAUCCAUGUGCUUUGUUGACAUGUCUUCAGCAAACUGUUUGCGGGCUUUCUUAUGUACCGUUUUCAGAAGAGGCUUUCUCCUUGGGUGAUAGCCAUGCACACUAAUUUGAUGUAGAGUGCAGCGUAUGGUUUGAGCACAAACAGGCUGACCCCCCCCCCUCUUCAAUCUCUGCAGCAAUGCUGACAGCACUCCUGUAACGAGUCACAUGACAUUUUGGAGGGAAAAUGACAAGCAGUACUCAAUUUUGACAUUUAGGGAUGUACGUUUUUUCAAAGGGGUGUACUCCCUUUUGUGGCCAGGUGUUUAUAUAUUAAUGGCUAAAUUUUGAGUUAUUUUUUGGGGGGGAAUAAAUUAAUUAUAUAAGCUGGCAAGCUGCACACAGACUACUUUUCAUUGUGUCAAAGUGUCAUCUUGUCAGUGUUGUCCCAUGAAAAGAUAUACUUAAAUAUCUGCAGA